AUAGAUAGUAGAUAUGGUAAACAAUUAUACCAUACCAUGAACCCAAUUAAUUUCGUAUUUGCCUAAUCAGCCCCCCCGAAUAUAAUAUACAGCAGUUCUAAUGGUGGUGUUUCUAUGCACGUGGUCUUUUCCAGGUCUGGAUGACUCUGAGUAUGACCCCAACCUGCUGAGUGACCCCCAGUGGCCUUGCGGGAAGCACAAGAGAGUCCUGAUAUUUGCCUCCUAUAUGACAACAGUGAUUGAGUAUGUGAAACCAUCGGAUCUGAAGAAAGACAUGAAUGAAACCUUUAAGGAGAAAUUUCCUCACAUCAAGCUCACACUCACCAAGAUCAGAAGCCUAAAGAGAGAGAUGCGGGAGGCUGGGGAGGAGUGCGGCCUGCAGCCGGCCUCCGUGGCUGUGGCCUUCGCCUACUUCGAGAAGCUCGUCCUGCAGGGCCGCCUGAGCAAGGCCAACCGCAAGCUGGUGGCGGCUGCCUGCCUCCUGCUGGCAGCCAAGAUCAGCAGCGACCUCAGGAAACAAGAGGUCAAACAGCUUAUCGACAAACUGGAGGAGAGGUUCCGCAUUAGCAGGAGAGAGCUGAUCUCCUUCGAGUUCACUGUACUGGUGGCUCUGGAGAUGGCCCUCUAUCUGCCUGAGAGCAAAGUCAUGCCCCACUUCCACCGCCUGGUGCAGCAGCCCUGAGCCUGCAGCACCACCCACCCCAGCCAGAGCUGGGCCACGGGAUCAGAGAGGCUAUGGAGACCGGCCUCAGGGAAGGUUUCAGGCCAACACUAAGUGCUUGUAGGUUAUAGUUAACAUAUAUAUUUUUUGCUUUUUAUAUUCACAUGGGACAUGUGAGGGAAAUGAUAUGACAUAUUAGUUACGAGGCGGCUUUAAAUCAACUCCAAACACUCAAAUAACAAGGGAAGAGUUUUCCCACAUCCUGUGUGUGUGUGUGUGUGUGUGUGUGUGUGUGUGUGUGUGUGUGUGUGUGUGUGUGUGUGUGUGUGUGCGCGUGUGCACGCUAUUGACAUGAUUGUGACAAAAAUAACUUCUAUUUUUAAUUUAAAGUAGAACUAUCCUUGUAUAGACACUUCUUUGAAAGUAUAUUUACAGCCACACUGAAACAGCCUGUAUAAUUUACUGUUACUAUAAAUUAUUAUACAUCCAGGCAUUUCCUGCUUUUAACCAAUUCAUGGUGAAAAGACUCAUUUGUAUAAUGUUAUGCAAUAUUUGAGGGGGUUUUUUUCUGUCACUGGUACAACACCACUGUCCCACCAGUGUGCACUGUUUGACUGUGUUCUGUGUUGAGACUUUUAAGAUGUUUCGCAAAGCCUCUGAUUGGAAGACAAAAAAUUACAUAUUUACAUUUCCAAUGUAAAUGUAAAUUAGAUGCUCUACAUUAGAGCUGAUUCAGACUAAAGCACAUUUGCCGUGCUUCAGUGUUCUAUUUAAUUCUUUUAAUUUACUUGUUUUUCCAGAGACUUAUAAUAUGUACUGUGUGCCCUUAUCCUCUUUUCCACACUAUUUCUAUCCACACUAAUUCUUAUGGCUCCAUGAGUUCCACACAUUUCAGCCUUUAUUAAGGAACAGCUUUAUAGUGUACUGUGUGCAAUAAUUAUUUAAUGUGGUGGCCAACACACACUGUUCAGUACUUCCUCUUCCAUUAGUAUACACACAAAAAACACAAAAAUAGGAAGCAUUUACGCUGUACAUUUUACGUGUGGAAAAUAUUAUAUUUGACAUUCGUAAUAUAUAAUUGAAACACUUUCUCAUCUUGCUUUGUGACACAGUGGUCAGUGGUGUGAGUAGCUCUGGUGACACUGAUAGCCUUGUCACUAUGAAGCUGUUUACUUUGCCUGUCAGUGUGAAAGAUGGUGCCAUUUUCUAGCUGAUCUAAGAUUAUCUUAUAGCAAAAAUCACCAAAAGGAGAAUUGCUUACAAGUCCCCAUAAACUAACAAUUCUCCUGUACACGCUUGUGUUAAUAACGGCUCACUUUUUUCUUCAACUUCUGAUUUCCAAUACAUAUCGUUUUCUAAUGUUUAUUGGCUUGGUUAU